AGGUCGAAAUGGACUCAAAUACUGAUAAAAGCGAUGAAAGUCUUAAACGAAAAUCUGAAACCGACUCAGAAAUGACCGCAAAACAGGCGAAGCCUUCGGAGGAGGACUUUGAAGACGAGGGCUUUGGUCCCACACAUACCGUGAGUCGAUGGGAGCGCAUGGAGGCAUCGGAAGCAAAAUUAGAUCGACUCGAUUCGUAUAAAAUGAAAACUAAGCCAACGUUUGACGACUACUUACAAGUGACUCAUCGGCUCCGGGAUGGCCAGAAAGGGGUGCGAUGGGCUGACGUGGAGGAGCGGAAACGACAGGAACACAGCAGUCAAAUAGGGUUUGUCGUCGGACAGCAAAACUGGCAAUAUUUGGAUGACCAGCGAUGCCAGAGAGCACUCACGCAAGUCACCUAUUUUUGACCAC